AUGGGAGUCGACUUCACUGUAUUUAAAGGCUCCAAGACCGGGGAAAUCGUCGAAGCCACCGGCCACCGAGACCCAGGUCCCACCGAAGUCAUUGUCAAAAUCUCACACUGCGGUGUCUGCGGCACCGACGAACACUUUCUCCACGCGGACCAAGGUCUCGGCCAUGAGGGAGUUGGAGUCAUUACAGAGCUUGGCUCUGCCGUACAUGAAGUGUCCAACUUCAAAGUCGGCGAUCGCGUGGGCAUGGGGUGGUUCCACAAGUUCUGCGGGAACUGCAGACCGUGCCUUACUGGCUUCUCGAAUAACUGCGCAUCGGCCAAGAAGUUCGGCUCCAACAACCUGGACCAAGGCUGCUUCGGCUCCUCUGUCGCCUGGGACGUUUCCGCCCUGUUCAAGAUCCCCGACGCAAUCGCCGUUGAGGAUGCCGGUCCCUUGAUGUGCGGCGGCGCAACCGUCUUCAGUCCCCUGCACACGUCUGGUGCAAAGCCGGGAGACCGAGUUGGUAUCAUUGGCAUCGGCGGUCUCGGCCAUUUGGCCAUCCAGUUUGCUUCCAAGAUGGGCAUGGAGACCGUCGUCUUCUCCAGCUCAGCAUCCAAGAAGGAGGAGGCAUUGAAAUUCGGCGCCUCGGAGUUUUACACCGCAGCUGAUUUGGCCAAGCCGGAGAAUAUCGAAAGGGUCGACAUUCUGCUGAUUACUUCCAGCGUGAUGCCGGACCUGUCCACAUAUUAUCCCGUCCUGGCCCAGGGGGCACAAAUUUACCCCCUAACUGUCAGCUUUGAGCCCUUGCAAAUCACACCCGUAACCUUAAUCAGUACUGGUAUCCGGAUUAUCGGGUCUGCCGUGGCCAGUGCCGGCACACAGCAGGCCAUGUUGGCGUUCGCGGCCAAGAAGGGAAUCAAGCCACAGAUUGAAAAGUUUCCUCUGACCAAGGACGGCGUUGUCGAUGCGAUGACGAGGUUGAAAGAGGGCAAGAUGCGAUAUCGGGGCGUGUUGGUGGCGCCGCAGUAA